AUGGCGUUCAGAAACUCCCUCUUCCGCAAUUCAUUCUGGAGCUACCAGAGCCACGAGCUCGUGGUGUAUCGCCUGAGCGAGCUCUACACACCGUUCGACGCCACAGAGGAGGCUCGGCCGCCGGCGUCCGGUUCGGGAUCGGGAUCGGGAUCGGGAUCGGCAUCAGCGCCCGUGUCGAGCUUCUCCGAUGACAGCGACGAUGAGCCGAGGUCGGAUUCCUUCAACACUACUCGUUCGCCUGCGUCACAGCUGUCGCAGGCCUCGCCUGACAAGUGGACUACUUGUCGCGAGAAAUCACUGCCGCCCAUUCCGCGGACAUACACUAUUCAGCGGGAGCCGAGGAGGUAUAACGUGAAUUGCCUGUCAAAGCCCAGGCGGGACAAGUCUUGGUCGCGAGAGAAAGCGAAGCGAGCGUGCGAAGCCAAGGUCAAGGCGCCGGGAGACUCGGGCAUGUCGCGACUGAGAGAGGUCUUGUUCGUUUUCACGGUCUGUAUGGCCCAGCUGUGUGCUCAGGCUGGCAUCGGUCAGACGUUGCCCAUCCUUCGUGAUGUUUGUGCUACGUUCGGUGUCGCCAACCCCAGUGACCUGAGCUGGGCUGUGGCUGGCUACUGCAUGGUAGUAGGCACCGUCAUCCUUGUCGCCGGAAGACUUGGAGAUGUCUUCGGAUACAAGAACAUGUUCCUCGUGGGCUUCAUCUGGUCCGCCGUCUGGUCCGCCGUCGUCGGCGCGUCCUUCUACUCAACGUCCAGCCUGUUUCUCAUCAGCCGCGCCCUUCAAGGGGUAGGCGCUGGUCUGAGUCUUCCGAAUGGGCUAGCACUUCUAGGGGCGGUUUAUCAGCCUGGUAUGAGGAAAGCCGCGAUCUUCACUCUCUACGCGACAAUGUCGCCCCUUGGUCUGAUUGCUGGGGCGGCGGGUGCGAGUGCCCUCACGCUGGUGUGGUGGCCCUUGGCGUACUGGGCCUUCACGCUCGUGUUGCUCGUGGUUGCUUUUAUUGGCUUGAUCGCUAUCCCGAAUGGCAUCCGAAUAACUAAGAGAUUCGAGACCAUCACCGCAGCUAUGACUGAACUGGAUAUCCCGGGUAUGCUGACUGGUAUAUCUGGCCUUGUUUUGUUUGGUUUUUCUUGGAAUCAAGCAGCCUUGGUCGGUUGGCAGCAGCCAUAUAUCUGGAUUGCUAUGAUCGCCGGGCUCGUGAUGGCGACGCUUUUUGUGCUUAUCGAACGCUACUACGCCACGAAGCCUCUCGUACCAUUCUCUGCUCUGUCCCCGGACGGGUCGUGGAUUCCUGUCGCAUUGGCAUGCGGAUGGUCGUGCUUCGGGAUCUGGAUCUUCUACACCUGGCAGUUCCUCGAGGACUUCCGGAACACCUCCCCAUUAUUGUCCACCGCAUGGUUCAGUCCUAUCGCCGUCAUCGGUUGCUUGGCUGUCAUCACCACGGGUCUCAUGCUUCAUCGAUUUGGACCAUCCAUCAUGUUGAGCAUCUCGCUUGCCACUUUCACCGCUGGAGCACUCCUAGUGGUUACCAUGCCGGUGGUGCAGAUAUAUUGGAUCCAACUCUUUGUUGCUAUGUUGGUGGUCGCCUGGGGCAUGGACACGAGCAUCCCAGCUGCCAUACUCCUCGUCUCGGACGGUGUCGAGAAGAAGUACCAUGGUGCCACGACCAGUCUCGUGAGCGCUGUUGUCUACUACAGCAUCUCGAUCGGGUUGGGCGUUGCCGGUACGAUGGAGAACAAUUUGAACAACGGCGGCGCGACCAGGCAGGGCACGUUAAAUGGAUAUAGAGCCGCACUCUGGACCAGUGCUGGCUUCGCGGGGCUCGGAGUGCUUGUCUCUCUGGCGGUGUCGGUGAACAUGUACCGAAGGAACCGAUCGCGCGGUUGCAAUGGCCAUGGUCCGAUGGAGGGACAUCAACAGAUCUGA